UUUUGUUUUUGUUUUUGGCCAAGUCCAAGUUUAACAGCGCUCGACGCGCCAGAAUCAAGUUCAGUUGCGCCGCAUACGCGUCGCGGAAAUGUUUCGCUGCUGCCACCGUCCCAAAAUUACAGAUAUCGUCAGAAAUCGAGCAUAAAUAAAACCGACAAAAUAAUCGAACGCGCCGCUGCCGUCCUGCAUCCGAAUCCGUAUCCAAAUCCAGAGUCCUUGUGUUUUUAGCUCUCAAAAUAACAAGUUAAUAAAUAAAGGAACCCAUAUCCGUUUGUUAAUUGACCGUUACCUUUUCCAGUUGGAGCCAUGAGGGAACCGCCCAUGGCGGUGGUGCUGGUCCUGUGGCUCCUUGGCUCGGCAAUGCCACCCGCCGCCUCCGGAUCGGCGGUACUCAUCUCGGACAUGACCAUGACCGUAAUGGUGGAGCUGUCCUCGCGGCAUCCCUUCUGCAAGAUGCACACAGACCGCGGCGAUAUUCAGCGCAUGCUGCUGCAGUCGGAUCCACGUCGCAUCCGCCAGGUGCCGCGGGAAUCCGUGAUGGAGCUGGAGGAGGUGUGCCGCCGCCAGGGCUCCUAUGGCCACGAGUUUCGCGGAGGCCUAGGGUUCAUCUAUCCGGGAACGAAAUGGUGCGGCCCGGGUACGGCGGCCACCAGCUACGAUGAUCUGGGACCGCAUGCCCGCGAGGAUCGAUGCUGUCGGGAGCACGACAUGUGUCCGGAUGUCCUCAAUGUCGGCGAAUGCCGGCGAGGGCUAUGCAAUCGCGGUACCUUCACGCGUAGCCACUGCGACUGCGAUGCCCGAUUCCGGCGAUGUUUACAGGCGGCAAAUACGGAGACGGCCAACACCCUCGGAGCGAUCUUCUACAAUGUUGUGCAGGUGACAUGCUUCCAGGAGCGAAGUCCCUGCUCGGCACACCAGAGGGCCGGAUAUAACCAAACGGAACAGGAGGCCAUCUGCGCUCAGUGGCAAUACCAGCCAUCGGAGAAGUAUGUGCCCAGUCAGCCGAGAACGUCCUCGUAAGGAGCGGAGUGGAUCAGCCCAGAUAAAGACAAAGACGACGACGACGAUAACACUUCAACCUGAUGACGAACCUGAGAACCUGAACAUGAACCUGAAAGCCAAUGAUAAAACAUAAAACAGAAGCUCAGAAACUAGCAAAUGGAAAAUAUAUACAUCUAUAUUUUCAUAUAUUGAACGCAUACAAAACAGAUCUAUAUAUAAUUAUGAAAGUGCAUACAUAUAAAUAAAUAUAUUUACCAAAUCGA